AACAACUUUUGCCGUAAACCGACUGUCGUACCUGCUGAGCCGUAGCCGUGUCGCAUCGUUUGAACGUUGAAUUCUAACUUGAUAACGUUGCAGCAGAUAACAUGGCAGACGAGGAGAAUUUACCGUCGGGAUGGGAGAAAAGAAUGAGCCGUAGUUCAGGCAAGGUGUACUACUUUAACCACAUCACUAAUGCCAGCCAGUGGGAACGUCCUGUGGGAGAUGGCCGUGGAGAGCCAGAUAAGGUGCGAUGCUCCCACCUCCUAGUAAAACAUAAUCAGUCUCGACGUCCUUCUUCCUGGAGGGAACAAAAUAUAACACGAACUAAAGAAGAGGCUAUAGAGCUUAUUCAGAAGUACAUAGACGAAAUCAAAUCUGGGCAUGAGUCUUUUGAAUCUCUAGCCUCUCAGUUCAGCGACUGCAGCUCAGCUAAGAACGGUGGAGAUCUGGGACUGUUUGCCAGAGGUCAGAUGCAGAAGCCUUUUGAAGACGCGUCCUUCAAUCUGAAAGUGGGAGACAUGAGCGGCCCCGUCUUCACUGAUUCUGGCGUCCACAUCAUCCUACGCACAGGCUGAAAUGCCUCACGCUCGACCCUUCCUGUCUACAUCCUUACAUGUUUGCAUCCAGACCAGCCUCACCUGUAGUUUCUUUCUAUGACACAACCACUCAAUGAAUACAGCUUACAGCCUGUUCUCAUUGUUUUAGGAUGCAUCCAAUUGUGGGUCAUUUCUGUACCCAGAGAACUGAAGUACUCUUCAAGAUCUCAGCUUUUUAUUAGCCAUGGCCGAUUUGUGAUAUAAAAAUAUUAUUAGUGCCUGUUGAAGUGAUUAUUCUCUGGAAGGAAGCACAUGGACAGAGUGGAGCAGUAAGUGUGGAAAAGCAUGUCAUUGGAAUGCUUCAAAAAGGACCGUUUGCUGUUUGUUUGACUGUAGCCUUUUCCAUUAUUACUGUACGUGUGCCAAAGCAGUUCCUUUUUAUCUGAUGAUUUGGUUUAGGAGGGUUCAAAUGUCUUUGCAGCAUUGCAGCACCUUGAGUUCUCUAGAGUUUUACCUAGUUAACUCUCUAACUCUGGUUUAAGAUUGCUUCCAUGAACUCCAAAUGUUUCUUUAUAAAGCUGACUUUGAAAGGUGCAUGAUCGAUGCUCUGGAAACCCCCCAAUGAAGAGCCUGCUGGUUGAAACUAUUGGCUGAAAAGCUUUUAAAAGCAUCAAUGUUGGGGAGAACUGUUAACACUGUUUUUGUUUGAGAAUAAAUGAGAUAAAAUCCC